AUGAAGAGCCAAAAAAUGAAGAUUUGCAUAUUUGGCGUUUUGACAUUCAUGCUUGUGUGGCUAACGCAACAAGGCGUGGAUGCCACACGACAUGUUAAGCAAUGGCAACACGGCCGUGCCUCAAGAAUGAUGAAAGAGUCGUUUUAUCCUUCUUAUGGAGAGAGUAUGCCGAAUUCACUGCAGUAUAGGAAAACCUCAACCAUCUUUAACGUCUUAAGUUUCGGUGCUAAAGGUGAUGGCACAACUGAUGAUACUAAGGCAUUUGAAGCAGCAUGGUUAGCUGCUUGUAAACUGGAGGCAUCAACUAUGGUUGUGCCAAAAGGCUUAAUCUUUUUGGUCAAGUCUGUAUCAUUCUCAGGAUCCGAUUGCGAAUCAAACAUUGUGUUUCAGUUGGAUGGCAAGAUCAUAGCUCCAAAAAAGUCAGGAGGCUGGGAAUCUGGACUCCUUCAAUGGCUUGAAUUCACAAAACUAAAUGGGAUAACGAUACGCGGAACUGGUGUAGUUGAUGGUCAAGGCUCGGGCUGGUGGACCGAGUCAGGCACCAAACCAACAGCAAUCAGGUUUUACGGUAGCUCUGAUGUCACAGUAACGGGCAUAACAAUUCAAAACAGUCAACAAACCCAUCUCAAGUUCGAUAACUGUCAAUCAGUUCAGGUUUUCGGUAUUACUGUUUCAUCACCAGGUGACAGCCCAAACACAGAUGGAAUUCACUUGCAAAACUCUCAAGAUGUGUCUAUCCAUAGCAGCAAACUUGCCUGCGGAGAUGAUUGUGUUUCAAUACAAACUGGAUGCUCUGGGGUAAGCAUACAAAAUGUGGAUUGUGGUCCUGGCCACGGAAUAAGCAUUGGGAGCCUUGGUAAAGAUGGUACAAAAGCUUGUGUUUCAAAUGUUACUGUUCGAGAUACAAAAAUCCAUGAUACAAUGACUGGAGUAAGAAUAAAGACUUGGCAGGGUGGUUCCGGCUCUGUACAAGGAGUGACAUUUUCCAACAUUCAAGUUUCACAAGUCAAAACUCCAAUCAUAAUAGAUCAAUACUAUUGCGACGGGGGCAAAUGUGACAACAAAACAUCUGCAGUGUCUGUUUCUGGGGUAUCAUACCAAAACAUAAGAGGGACAUACACUGUAAACCCUGUUCGAUUUGCUUGCAGUACCAGCUCUCCGUGUACAGAUGUAAUGUUGGACACGAUACAACUACAACCUGUACAGCAAUACAAUGAUCUGGGUGAUCCGUAUUGCUUAAAUGCGUAUGGAGAAAUAAAAACAAGAACCACCCCUCCAAUAGAUUGUUUGAUGGUUGAGAAGCCAUCAAAGAAACAGUCUCAAAAUAACUAUGAUUCAUGCACAGAUUGA